AUGGUACCGCACGCCGAGGAAAUCACGCCCAGCGUCACCAACGCUGCGCACGCCGAGACCAUCCCGGAGAAUGGGGAAUAUCUCAAGAACCACGUCAACGGCAACAGCGUGUCCGACUUUGCUUACCCGCCGUAUGUGCCCGCCAACACGCCCUACCGGCUGCUCAAGCAGUACCACUCCAAGCCAUCGAAACUGCGCGUAGCCUGCAUCGGCGCCGGCGCUUCAGGACUAUGUCUUGCCUACAAAAUGGAGAAGAUGCUGGCGGGGGGCUCGUUUGACCUCACGCUGUUUGAGAAGAACCCGCACUUUGGAGGCACAUGGUACGAGAACACAUACCCAGGCGUGGCGUGCGACAUCCCCAGCCAUCUGUACACCUUCUCGUGGGAUCCCAAGCCUGACUGGUCCCACUACUUUGCCUACGGGCCCGAGAUCCAGGGCUACUUCGAGUCCUUUGCCGAGAGACACGGGUCGAAGAAGUACAUGAAGCUCAACACAAAGGUCAUUGAGGCACGAUGGGACGAGGACAAGGGCCUGUGGAACAUUACGCUGGAAGACCAGGUCACAAAGGCCGCCUGGCAGGACUGGGCGCACGUGCUCAUCAACGGCACGGGCAUCCUCAACAACUGGAAAUGGCCCGACGUUGAGGGUCUCCAUGACUUUGCGGGCGCCAAGAUGCACUCGGCCUCGUGGGACCACAGCGUCGACUUCAAGGGCAAGACGGUGGGCGUCAUCGGCACCGGGUCGACCAGCGUCCAGAUCGUGCCGCAACUGCAAAAGGAAGCGGAUAAGCUCAAGGUGUUUAUGCGCUCGUCGACGUGGAUCUCACCCCCCUUUGGCGGCGGCGUUCUCGAAUCCGACCUCCGCAAGGGCGAGCCCGACGACCAGCCGGGUCAGCGACAGUACACAUUCACCGAGGAGGACAAGAAGAAGUUUGCAGAGGACCCCGAGUACCACCUCAACUUCCGAAAGAGGAUCGAGGCCGAAAUCAACUCCUUGUUCGGCAUGUACCAACAGAACUCGGACAUGAGCAACGCGUUCCGAAAACUCAUCACCGAGGAGAUGCACCGACGCAUGGGACCCGGCCACGAGGAGCUCAAGAAGUUCAUCAUCCCCAAGUGGUCGCCUGGCUGCCGGCGCAUCUCCCCUGGAGACGGGUACCUCGAGGCCCUGGUGCAGCCCAACGUGGAGCCCGUCUUCGGCGGCAUCAAGAAGAUGGUGCCCGAGGGCAUCGUCGGCGAGGAUGGCACGCUGCACAAGAUGGACAUACUCGUCUGCGCCACGGGGUUCAACGUCGCCUUCAAGCCUGCCUUUAAGCUCAUCAACGGCGACGGCAAGACCAUCAAUGAGGACUGGGGCGAGAGCAUCAACCUCUACAUGGGUGUGUCCGCCCCCCGGUUCCCCAACUACUACACCAUCGUCGGCCCCGGCGCGACGUGGUCGUCGGGGACCCUCCUCCCGUCCAUCGAGACGACAGUCGAGUACAGCGUCAAAAUGAUGCGCAAGAUCCAGCAGGACCAGAUCCGGUCGAUUGCCGUCAAGCAGGAGGCUCUGAACGACCUCUACGCCCACUUUGACGAGUUCCACAAGACAACCGUCUUUCAGGAAGAGUGCCGCAGUUGGUUCAAGGAUGGCAAGCAGAAGAAUAGGAUUUAUCUAUGGCCCGGGCCGACCAUCCACUUCCUCAAGUCCAUCAAGGACCCGCGCUUCGAGGAUUACGAAAUUCGCUGGCGAUACGGUAACCGCUUCGCCUUCCUCGGGCACGGCGAGGUCAAGGCGAACCAGACCAAGGAUGUGCUGGGCUUGUCGACGUACGUGCGUAAUGGCGAUUCAGAGUGGGGAGUCGAGUAG